CUGGAUAUUUCGUGACGAUCUCAAAUUAUGGUGACCCAAUCAGAUCUGCGAAGGGGACAUUACUAUAAUUGGUGUGCAGAUGCGAUGCACUAUCAAUUUAGACAGAAAAGUCUUUGUUUUUCAAGUUCGGCGUUGACGACAGUCAGUAAUUAUUAAGGGUACAAGCACCUGCUAGUCUCUUGUAGCAUUGACAGCAUGAGAUGAAUACAAAUCGCUCAUAACUCGCCCAUUCAGUUUAACAAAAUCUCCCAGCACGUCCAACACAAUGGCUGCCCACGCACCACUACGCAUCGCAGUCCCUAUCAACACACCCCUUGGCAAUGAGUUCUGGAACGAUGUCUGCGGGUCUUAUCAGGAUGCCUUUGAUCUCAUUGCACCAAACGCCCAGGUCGGUAUGUGCGAUCCCGUGUUUGAAGGGAAUUCUCCCAACCCCCAAGGUUAUGACUUGAUCGUCUUGAGUGGAGGGAAAGCCGAUGCCUCAUCCUCGGAACCCUGGGUGCUUGGUGUUCUGGACUUCCUCCGUAGGACUGCGCGGGAGUCACCAAAGACUAAGAUUCUGGGCAUCUGCUGGGGCCACCAUGCUAUAUCGAGGGCAUUUGGUGGAGAAGUGCGAGCCGUUCCUACGGGACCCAUUGUCGGCCCUGAAGAUGUUAAGUUGACUGAAGCUGGAAUGAAGCUUUUCUCUACCCGAUCAGGUGUCAAGACCUACGUGCGCUGUUUGAUGGCUGCCCUUUGGUUGUUCGCCCUGCUGAUGAUUCUCCCCAGAGGUUACCGGAGUUUCAUGUACGAGAGGUGGACCAACCUGGAGUAGGCUUUGUUUACCUGAUGGUAAAUCAUGACUUGUUUGUUAAUCAAGAUGAUGUGUACAAUGGCAAUUUUUCGGAGUGGGAACUACAAGACUACCUGAAGAGGCUAGAACAGCCAACAGAUGGAGUUUUAGUGCUGAGGCGGGUGGUAAAGUGGGUUAGAGAGUG